CGGAAUUAUUCUUCUGCUAAGCAUCAACCUCUACAUCUCUCACCAUAUGAACGCUCACAAUCUGUGAGGCUAUUUUAUUUUGAUUCAGACACCAGAGUUUUAGCAUUGGAACUACGUCACAAUGAGCACAAGUCUCCGGCCGUAUCUUCAAUGUGUUCGCUCGUCACUUUCGGCGGCGCUCGCUAUCUCCAAUUUCGCCAGCCAGACUUCGGAAAGGCACAAUGUGCCGGAGAUCGAAGCAGCAAGCUCUCCUGAGCUUCUGCUCAACCCAUUGGUCAUUUCGCGGAACUCCGACGAACGCACCUUCAUCGAACCCUCGGUCAACUCUGUCCGCGUGUCCCUCAAGGUCAAACAGGCCGAUGAAAUCGAACAUAUCUUAGUGCAUAAAUUUGCGAGGUUCUUAACGCAGCGUGCGGAUGCUUUCCUGAUUCUCCGGAGGAAGCCGGUGGAGGGCUAUGAUAUAUCGUUCCUUAUCACGAACUUCCACACCGAGGCUAUGCUGAAACAUAAGAUUGUGGAUUUCGUGAUCGAGUUUAUGGAAGAGGUGGACAAGGAAAUCUCGGAGAUGAAGCUUUUCCUGAACGCCCGUGCCCGUUUCGUGGCUGAGUCGUUCUUGACACCGUUCGACUAAAUGUAUGCUUUAAUGCCACUUUUCUUGUUCUAAAUGAAUCAGGUUUCCUUUCCCAGGAGCAAUCAUUGUACAGGCGAUCUGGGCUGGUGCUAGGAAACCGCUGUGUUUCUUAUAUGCUUGUUCCUUUACAAAUUUCCAGUUGUCAUUCCACCCCUGAAUCGUGUCCAUUUUUCGCAUAGACAGCUCUUUCCAAGAAUAUCCAG